UGCCGUGCGGGGUGGUGCGGAGCCACGGAGUGUGUUUUGCGUACAGGGCGAGAUGUUGUUUUGUUGUGGCGAUCAGCUGAAUGUGGCAUCGCUGUCCGGUCUGACACAACAGUGGGAAGCGCGGCGAGCCCCUCCGGCUCCCCCUGCACAGAAACGCGGGCGCAGGGCAGCCGUAUCCAGCGCAUCUCGAUCCAGGAAAUGCGGACUUGUGGCCCUUUCGCUUCGGGAUAAAUGGCUGCAGCGCACGCACCGUAGCGAGCUGUGCCUGUGAAGCGUCUCUGAGGGGGAAGACCAGACUGCUCUGUCAGGCUGGUGUUGACCUGCAGUUCACUGGCAUGUGUUUAAUCAAAAUGAACACUGCGACGGUUGUGAACUGCCAGUCUUAUCAAAGCCCUGCGAAAUCCCUCUCUACGCCCUCUUGCCUCAGAGGUGCAGUGAUCCCAGUGCAUCCCGUGCAGAGCUGAGCGAGGAUCCUGGUAUGUGGUGUUUGUCAGACGGCGUCCCUCCUUAGCGCAGCGGCUCUUGCUGACAGCAGUGAUAUCCCGGGACCCAUUCAGAAUCUGAACGGGCAACACUCUUGACAACCAGCAACGGAGAUGCAGAAAAGACCUUGAGAGGGCUGUUAGAAUGGCUGAGUCCAGACAAAAACAGAGCUGCUUUGUACAGAGAGAUGAUCCAUGUUUACCUGCAUCCAUGCAGCUCCGGGGAAGUUUUUAAUGAUGUCUCAUUUGGUCCUCUUGAAUAACUUUUGGCCCACACUGAAAAAGGUCAUCCAUUUUGAUUUACAACUCAGUCGGUCAAUGUUCCCCUGCCUCUGACCUGCCAUGCGGUUAGACCAAUGAGGCUCAGAGAGCCCUCUGUUACUUGUCUGUAAGGCCUCCUCCCCACUCUAUGGAGGCUGAGUCCAGCCGUCCGGCUGAUGGGGAGCGCUCUGGAAGGCAAGAGCAGCAGCAUGCGACAGGCGAAUCUUCAUUAGGAUCUUGCCCACCUCAACAGCCCCAGCAGCCUCCUAAUCCUCGUCCUGUGCACAGAGCCUUGGGCCGCCUACAGAAUCGCCAACCCAGACGCUCUGACCUUCUGCUUCGGUUACAGCAGCAGCAAGCAGUAGCAUGGCAGCAUUCAGACACCGCAGGUCCCUCAGGAGGCAGCUUCUUUUCUUCAGCUUCCCCAUCAACCUCAUCCCUCCCCUCUACUUCCUCCACCCGGGGUGAGCAUGGGCAGUCAUCUCAUUCAAGCCAAGAGGGCCUAGAAGGGGUCAGCUCACCCAGAAAAGGGGAGAAGAAACCACAAAAACCAGGGAAAUAUGUGUGCAAUUUCUGUGGCCGUCCAUGUGCCAAGCCAAGUGUUCUUCAGAAACAUAUACGCUCCCAUACAGGAGAAAGACCUUACCCUUGUGCCCCCUGUGGCUUUUCCUUCAAGACUAAAAGCAACCUGUACAAACACCGCAAGUCACAUGCCCAUCGCAUUAAAGCAGGUCUGGCAUCCAGUCGUGAUGAGCCCAGUUUGAGUGGAGCAGAGGGCAGUGGGGUUGGAGAAGACCCAGGGGAACACACAGAAGGGGAAAGCACUGAGUCUGAAGAAGAGACAGGCCAGCACCGAAAAUCCUCUGCUAAGGAGAUGCUUGGACAGCAGAAGAAAGGAGGUAAGGAGCGCCUGGAAGGCUCAGAGGAGAGCCAAAAGCCCGAGGACUCCCAGGCUGUCAAGCAAAGACUUGCACUUAGGCUUAGUGAAAGGAAACGUGGCCCGAUGACUUCUCCAGAUGACCCUCCUUCCUCCCUUUCCACUUCAUCUUCUUCCCUAGGCCCUGGUAGUAAGGGCAGCACAGAGUCUGGCUACUUCUCCGGAUCAGGCAGUACUGACCUGUCCCAAGUUAGCCCCCCAAGUUCCAGUGCCAAAACCUACGCAGAAAUUAUUUUAGGGAAAUGUGGACGGCUCGGAGGACAGCAGCGCAGUCCCCACCAGCAGCAGCCUCAUUCUUCACAUUCCUCAUCCUCAGGAACAGAGGAGAAGGGCAUUCCUUUUGCUGUACCCAAAACCCAAGUAAUAGAACACAUUACCAAGCUAAUCACCAUCAAUGAAGCAGUGGUAGACACCAGUGAGAUUGACAGUGUAAAGCCUAGACGCUCCUCACUGUCCAGAAAGAGUAGUAUGGAGUCACCCAAAUUUUCAGCCCCUAAAGAUCCCUACGCAUUUGAUCCCAAAAUGGAAACUGCAGGUUCCAGUAGUUUGAGACACCUCCAGAAUCCUGAGACAGAUCCACAGGGAACCCAGGAUCCGUCAGCAGUGCCUCUGCUUAGAAGCCACUCAAUGCCAACUUCUACCACCCCAGGAGAGUCCUUCACCUCUGGCACCAUGUCUCCCCGAGGUGGCCACCGCCUCUGCCAGUCCUUUGAUGAGCAGCAAGCAGUGGUAGCAGAGAUGAGGGUUGGCCAUGCCCAACGUAUGCUCAGGCGCCAGCCUGCCAUAGAGGUUCCCCUGGGUGCUGAGUUAAUGUUGGAGGAGGCCAGUCCCACCUCUCCCUCCACCAGAGGCACUGAACCAACUAGGCAGCCACAGCAACAGCAAGAACCACAAAAGAGUCCUAGUGUUUUUGAAUGUGGAACAUGUGGGACCCGCUUCCAACACAGAGACGGCUAUGAGACCCACAGACGGAUUUGCCCAGUACAGGAAAGCGGGGAUGCGAGUAAAACAUGCAGGGAGGAUCGCCCCCUGAUGAUGCACUACAAGUUCCGAGCACUGGCCAUGGCUGUGAGGAAGAGGAGGAAAGAGGAAAGUCUGGAGGAGGAUCCUCCCAGUCCUGGAUCUGUAGCCACGUCAGGCAGCUCUGCAGGCCUCAUUCCAGUGCCAAGCAGACCAGAACAGGCCCUCUCAGGUGUUACUUUGCAGACUGAGCCAAACCAACAGCAGCAGCAAGACAGGAAGGGUGUGUCUGUCAUCCAACACACUAGCUCUUUUGAAAAACAAGAGACUAUGGAAAGUCAGGAACCAGACCUCAGACAGAUUCAGCAAACACAACAACCCGAGCCAAAACCAUCACCCUCUACAUCUCGCCUCAUCCGCCAGCCAAACAUCCAAGUGCCAGAGAUCCUUGUUACUGUGGAGCCUGAUGCUGAUAUGCCAUCUGUGUCACCCCCAGUAAUAGCAUCCUCAUCCAAGGAGGCAGAGAGAGUAGAGGAGUUCCAAUGGCCUCAGCGCAGUCAGACUCUUGCCCAGCUUCCUGCAGAAAAGUUGCCACCAAAGAAGAAAAGACUUCGUCUGGCAGAAGCUGCUCAGUCCUCUGGGGAGUCAAGCUUUGAGUCCCUGUCUCUGCCACGCAGUCCCAGUCAAGAAAGCAACAUCUCAAGCUUUUCUGCUUCUUUUGAGGACACAGCAAGAUCAGACCCGGCAGCCAGGGCCUCCAGUAGCCAAAGUUCCCAGAUGCUGAUGGUGCCCUCUGCUUCUUAUCAACCCCACCAAAGCCACAAGGAGAUGAGGCGCUCUGCCUCUGAGCAGACCCCAGCUAGCCCUCAGCAAACAGAGCAGAUCCCAGAGACCAGGAGUAAGUCAUUUGACUAUGGAUCCCUGUCCCCUCAGCAGUCUUCAUCCUCCUGGAAAGAAAGGAGAAAGUGUCUUCUUGUUAAGCAUGCCACCUUAGGGGAACCUGAGCAGGAGGUAGGGGGCAGCUUGAGUCACUUAUCCAGAGAGGAAAGUCCAAAGCCUGGUCCUUCCCACUCCAACCAUCCUGACUUCUACUCCUCUGGGGGAAGCUCCCAGUUCAGCCAGGAAACCACAGGAAAGGCUUUGCAGCCAUCACCGCCACAAACCUUUCCACCCUCCUCUCAGGAUCUGCUCCCUUUUCAGCCCAGAGGCCAGCAAGCAUUUCCCCUAGGAUCACUAUCUCAGCUACUACCAGUCACCACAGCCAUAUCUGAAGCAUUCUCCACCCAAAUCAUUCACAGAGCCUUUCUACAUUCACACACACGAUCUCCACCUCUACAGAUACAUCCUGGACAGAUUCACAUAGCAGAACGGUUGGGAUUACCGCUUCGUCAUCUUCCUCCUUUGGUCCCCCUCCAAAUCUCUUCCAGGACUAGAGCUAGCCAGGGUUUGUACUUGCCUGUUACUCCAAGAGUGAGCACCCAUGUUCUUUCCCCUCCCAGCACAGAGAGCAGACCACCCAUGUCCUCCAUGGCUUCUGUCCUUACACAUCCUUCUCUUAUAACGGUGUCCUAUCAACAACCACGGCCGCUCAUCGCCACAUGCUUGGCACAGCUUACACCAGUAGUGUCCCUUGUGGUGCCAGUGCGCCUCCAGACUCAUAUACCUACCUAUGCCAGUGCCAUGUAUACCACCCUGUCUCAGAUUCUGGCUUCCACCCAUUCACAGGAACCACCUUGUUGCACAGCCAUGGUCAUUAUGCGCCAGGUAGAGCAGGACAGGCUGCGAAGGACCUACUUGAAGGUCCCCUCCCCAGACAUCAAGAGGCUUCUUCCCCUGUCUCUGCCAGAAGAGCUGGCCUCGGGUUCUGGGGAGGGAUUCGGUUCACUCGGAGCUGGAGGAAGUAAACGUAUGCUUUCUCCUGCAGCCAGUCUGGAGCUCAGCACAGAGGCCCAGCGUCACCAGAAAAGGGUCAAAGAGGAGGGGGACCAACGUACAACAGGAGAAGAGGAGGAGGAGGAGGAUGCUGAAUUGAAAGUAAGACAAGAAGAAGAAGGUAAAGGCACCUGGAAAAAACUGGAAGAAAGAGAGAAGGAACAACCAGAGAGUGUAGAGGUGACAUCUAUGAAAGUGGAGGGAGUGCAGGACCAAGUAUCAAGGAAAAGUAAUAGGCAAGAAAGGGAGGAUGAGGAGGAGCAGCAGCGAGAGGUGAAGGAAUCAUCUGAUAAGACAAAAAAGGAAGAUGUGCCAGGCGUGUUAGGGGGGGUUGAGAGACAAAGUACCCCUUCAUUCCCCAGCCUCCACACUUCCACCUCAGUCAACUGGUGCUAUCGGAAUUAUGUCAAACCCAACCCGUCUGCCCAGAGUGAUCCUCGCACCUCCGUUUAUUCUACCUGGAGCGUCAGUUCUCACAACCCCAACUUGCCAGGCCUCAGCACCAAGGUAGCCUUGUCUCUACUGUGCUCCAAACAGAAGCACAGCUCCGAGACAUACACCAUGGCCACAGCUCCUGUGCCAUCCAAAGGGAAUUUGGCCCCUGCAACCAGCAGGACCCCAUCUGUGUCAGAGGUACAUGCCACCUCACCCAGCACACUGGCCGAAGUGAAGGAUCAGCAGCAGCAGCAUGAAAAGGAGGAAAAUAAAGAACCAAGAGAAGAGGAAGGACCGUCCACCUCGAAACAGAGCGAGCCUUCUCGUGUUCGUAUCUUUGAAGGAGGGUACAAGUCCAAUGAAGACUAUGUUUAUGUGAGAGGUCGUGGCAGGGGAAAGUACAUAUGUGGAGAGUGUGGCAUCCGCUGCAAGAAGCCUAGCAUGCUGAAAAAACACAUCAGAACGCACACCGAUGUCCGCCCUUACAUUUGUAAACACUGCAACUUUGCCUUUAAAACCAAAGGAAACCUUACAAAACACAUGAAGUCAAAGGCUCAUGGGAAAAAAUGCCAGGCAAUGGGGGUAUCUGAGUCAUCAUUGGACGAGCCUGAGAGCGAGGAAACAGGAGGCAGUGAGGAGCGUGUGUGUGGCUCAGAGGAACAGGAGGAACACCGCUUCUCCGACGUGGGGGAGUCCGACGACGAUGACGACAACGACGAUGACGACGACGACGACGAGGAAGAGGAGUCCGCGUCCCAUGACGACCCGCCGUCCUCCUGCUCGUCAGACACGCACCCGUCAACGGGGGGGCGCUCCAGCUGCAGCAAGCACUCUCGCCAAGGCACUCCUGACCGCGAGGCCCCGGGCCCCAGCCACAGCCCCGGCCAGGAGCCGUCCCCGCGGGGGGUGUGGCCCGGCAGACGAGCGGCCUCGCCCGGCAGCAGGAGGGCGCUGUUCUCCCGGCGCGGCUGGAAGGCGUCUCCGAGGGGCUUCUCCCCCAGCAGUGAGAGCUGUUCCCCCAGCCGCAGCCUCUCGCCCCGUCUGGAGCUGUCCCCACCUAUCCACGGCCUCUCCCCCAGGGCCGAGCUGUCCUCGCCCAGUCGACAUGUUUCGCCCUCCCCCGAGAGAGGACCAUCGCCCAUAAGACCUGUUUCUCCUCUUCGUGUUAUUUCACCCAGCUGCUACCGGUCGGCCCAAGUUCGGACCCCUCCCUCGCCAGUGGGGGUGCAGCACAGAGCCCCUGGUUACCUCCCCUGGGAGAGCCCCAGCACAAAGGGUAGUCAUGUCAGACCGGAGAAAGGCGGUACAGCAGGAGGGAGGCCGACGCCGUCUCAGAGCAGCUUGUUUCCACCUGCUUUUCGACUUUCUACCUGUGAGGGCUACCCUGGCCACCAGACAGCAGAAAACAUCUUCAGCCAUCUUCCCAUGCACUCCCAACAAGCCAAGGUCCCCUAUCUGAUGAUCCCAAUCGGAGGGAUCCAAAUGGUACAGGCCAGACCGAGGUCCCACCCAGCCACCCCCUCGUCCCCAACAUCACCCCCCCUGGAGGGGCCGUCGCUGGCCAGGUUUGAAUCACACUGGGGCGGGACCCCCAGGACUCAGGGGCUUAGGACUCCUGGAGACCACUGGCCAGAGCAGCAGGCAGCAGGAACCAGCCAGUCAGGACGCCGCGGUCUUAGCACAGCACUAACUUUUUCCAAACCAGAGUCGGAGACUACAGACUCAAAGCAAUAUGGCAGCUCACACAGCUCCGUCCACGGCCACAGGUCUGCGACUGAGACCACCGAACACUGCGCCAGAGACAGUCCCUCGAGAGCACCCCUCAGUCUAGCCGUCCCUGUAGCCCCGCGUGUCAGUGGACAGCAGCCGGAGAGGGAGGCGCCACCGCCUGGCGGUGGUCCGGUGGAGGGAGGCGCUGAAGGAGACUCAGAAAGAACAGACCAGAGCACUUAACAGUGUCUACACCUUGAUGCACCUCGCAUCCCAUUUUGCUUUAUUGGUUGCUACACUAGUCUUGUUUUUUAUUGCUUUGUUUUUAUACAGUUUUCAAUACAAUUGUUAACUUAAAUGUUCGUUCUUUGGCAAUAUUCAGGUUUGUUAUAAAAAUGCACUUUUUUCUUUGUGAAAAUAAUGUUCCUGUAAAUCUAUAUAUAUAACUUAUAUAUAUAUAUAUAUAUAUAUAUAUAUAUACAUAUAUAUAUA